GGAAAUGAGGAGACAAGGAAAAGAACAGGCACUCGCGUCCCUUGUCCCCUUCCGACAAACUCUUUCUCUCUUGCUAAAUUUGAAACCCUAAUCGCUCUGAUCGAACCCUAUAGGAGGAGAAGAAGAAGAAGAAGCAGGAAGAAGACGACGACGAAGGAGGAGGAGAGGAGCGCCCGAGGCUGAAGCGGCGGAGGGCGAUGGAGAUCGAGCGGAAGCAAGCGGAGCUCAUCGACCAUUUCGUGAAGCACGCGGCGACUCUCGAAGCGCCGCAGCUCGCUAGCCUAAUCGCUGAGGCCACGUCCCACCCUUCGCUCUUCGCCUUCUCCGAGAUUCUCUCCGUCCCCAAUCUCUCCAAGCUUCAAGGGACGCAGUAUUCCACUUCUUUUGAUUUGCUUCGAUUGUUUGCAUAUGGCACAUGGAGUGAUUACAAGAGCAAUGCUGGCUGUCUCCCUGCGCUAUUGCCUGAUCAAGCUCGGAAGCUAAAGCAACUAACUGUGCUGACUCUGGCUGAGACAGACAAGGUAUUGCCUUAUGAUCAACUCAUGCAAGAACUAGAUGUUUCCAACGUAAGGGAGCUUGAAGACUUCCUCAUCAAUGAAUGCAUGUAUUCAGGUAUUGUUAGAGGCAAACUGGAUCAGCUUCGCCGGUGCUUUGAGGUGCAAUUUGCAGCUGGGAGGGAUCCUCGACCUGAACAGCUUAGCAACAUGAUACAGACGUUGACAAGCUGGUUGGGCUCUUCAGAUAGUCUACUUCAUUCAAUUCAGGAGAAAAUCAAAUGGGCUGAUAUGAUGAGUGAGGCAAAUAAGAAACACCGAAAAGAAGUUGAAGACAGAGUGGAAGAUGUCAAAAAAUCUAUCAAGAAGUUACACAAUUUAAGCAGGCCGACAUGGACUUACGGGGCAGUGAAGAGAUCUUCGCUGAGUCUGGAGUGAUGGACUUUGAGGAAGACCGUGUCCGAUCUAAGAGGAGGCGGCAGCCGAUAGCAUGAUCGCCAUUUGCCUUUUCUCUGAUUGAGCUGCUCGAAGUUCCUCUUUUGUUGGUCGAGAAGGUUUGAGAAUGCAUGUUCUGCAUCAGAAGGCCUCGCUUUCUUUUGAGAUUGGUCUCGACCGGUGUAUUGGUGAAAAAUUUAUAGUUAUGAACAGCAGGUGGUCAAACUAUUGUUCACGAGUAUAUUUAACACAACAAUAGAUCACUGUAGCAAAAGAUAAAAAUCUAUUUGAGUUGUUUUAUUUUUUAAAAAUUUUUUGCCUCAUGACAUUUAGAGUUGAUAUCAUGAAAGUAGCCUUUUGAUUUGUUAUAGUUGUUGUAAGACCCUCUAAAUAGAGGCCAUUUUGAAGCAGACCCUCAAGUUUGUUUGUUUA